AUGUUCGGAAGUGGCUGUGGUUGUGAUGGGUCGGUCUCAUUUUUCAAACACGUGUCGCUGCGUGUGUAGGUUAUUUGUGUGUGCUAGUCGUGUUAAUCUCUUCACUCUCUUCGAAACCGACGGCGCUUCUCCCCCGGCUGCUGUGUACGUGAGGCUGUGUUUGCGUUGAAUCGCGCGUUGAUGCGAAACGAGGUGAAAAGGCUGUCGCCCUCGGCGGCGGCGGCAGAGGAGCCGGAGAAUCGUCACCUCCGAAUGUUGCCAUCUGGUGGAUCGACGUCACCAAGGACGUCCUCGGUUUUCCGAAUUUUGAAUUAGGAACCGGAUAUCAGUGAUUUUGAAUAGGACGCUGCUAGGUUACUAUACAAUACGGAAAGGUCACUUGAAAAGUCUGAAACCAGCAAAAUGUAAUUAAAUGGAGAAAGGAAUAAAAAUUGUCAGGGAUAAGGGCAUUUUUCAGAUCUCCGAUUUUUUGAAAAUAAGAUAAUUCAGGGCUUUUGUAAAUUUCCUCGUAAUUUAUCAUACUCGAUUAUGCUUUGAGAUUUAGGGAAUCCCAUUCUUCAUUGACAAGGCAAAAAAAAAUUCGCAGUUAGUAUCUUUCACAAUUUUGAAAAAAGAUCCCACUUUUCUCAUUGAAGACAUGUUUUCGCCAACAAAGGAAGUGAUUAUAAUUGAAGUGGGGGGCAGAAGAUGAACCAGCCUGGAAUUGCUCGUUAACAUUGGGAGCGGAGGUCGAAAUUUCGAACGCAUUGGCCAUAUGCGCAAAAAACUGCACGCCCUCGCAUUCUCAAUAAUGUCGUAGAUGACGUUGGCAGAUAACAAAGGAGAAAAAAAAAAUAAUAUUUUCAGCCCUGCAUCCGACGCUGCUCGACGAUGACGACGAGUACCUGUGUUCGGUGUUGGCGCCGUUGAUGGACGCCCAGGACGCCUUGGACGACGAGGACAUCUCCAAGCUGCCCCUACGACUCCAGUAUUACGAGGGUUCUCGGGACGAAUCGGAAAUAGUUCGGAGGAAACUCGUCGAAACGCUUUUUCAGGUCUCAUUUUCGACAUUUAAGUAUUCUUAUUCCUCAAUUUAUUCUUUUUGAUAGUUUUUCUUUCUCAAGGCUCUCAAAGGAAAUGAUGAAAAAAAUAGAUAUUGAUCGACGAGGUAAAAAAAUGUUUUUUUGUAGAUUUAUUAGUUAAAAUUCAUGUUGAAGGUUAUUUUUUUUAGAUUCCAUUACGCAUCAUUAAAAAUAUGAAGUUUCCAUCACUGAUAUUUUCAUACAUAUCCAAAAGUGUUUCUCAGAGCCUGACUGUUUUAAAAAGUUUCAAAAAAAUUCUUUUUAUACGGGCUUCAGAGAGUUAACUUUAUCUUAUUUUUAACUUUAUAAGUACAAUUUUUUUGAUGCUUGUAUGCUCUAGGCUUGCUCAUAUGGAGAGCUAAAAAAAUUUUCCUUUCCAAGCUUGUAUUUAUUUAUUUCGAGAGAGAUUCGUUCGAUUGUUGCACCCUGGCUCUUCAGUUCCUAUCUUGUGUUUACAUUUGACACUUUUCUCGUGGGGAGCGACGCGCUGAUUUGUGUUAGGGCGUGUUGAACGAGGCGCUGACGGAGACCAGUGAUAAACCUCUUGAGAACGAGUAAAACAGACCGAGGGGCGAGAAAUUAAAGCGAAAAUGAUUCUGAUUGCAGCUGUGCUCGACGAAGCACGGCCGCGAGAAGCUAAGGUCCAAGUCUGUCUAUCCGGCAAUGCGCGAGUUGGACCGCGCCACAACUUCUGCCGACGACGUCGCCAGUCAGAAGCUGCUCUCCGCCGAGCAGGAGCACACUCUCCACGCUCUCAUCGGCAUCUUGAUCCGUUACGAGCACGAAAUGGCCGUUGAUCCUCAACUUUCUUCCAUUCGUCACUUGGAAUGAGCAAUUCGUGAGUAACUUCUCUUCUGAAGACAUUCCUCAUACUGAAAAAGCUGCUGAAAUUUCGGAUUGUUUCCUGAAUUUUCAGUGUAUGUCAUACUCAUUUUGUUGUUGUUUUUUUUUUUGGACAGAAUCACUUCAUCUUUUUUUCGCUUUUUCAAUACCCGAUGAAAAUUCGACCAGCGAGAAUUCAGAAAACUUUCGUUCAUAACAACUUUCUGUUUAUUGUUGAAAGUUGGAAAAUGAAUCAAAAAAAAAAAAAAUAGUAUUAAAAACAACGAAAAGUUUUUCUGUCCCAUGAUUGUUAAUUUUUUUAAAUUCACAUUAUUGCCUUCUUGUUUUUUUUUCCACCGGUUCCUCUUUCCAUUGUUGAACUCUCCGUUGUUGAUUUUUUGUUUUUUUUUCAGAGAAAUAAAUUUGGCCAGUGUAAAAACGUUUGGAGCGGAAACAGAAAACUUGGGAACAAAAAAAAAAAGAAGCAGAAGGUUACACGGGUGAAAAAAGGACAACGGUGAGGAAGGACAAAAAAAAUGAAUUGUUGAAAUUGGCGUCGAGGACGAUACGUAGAUACAGUAAUCCUCCACGCCGUGGGAAAGCGGCGGCCGGUGAGUCUGGCCGACGGCGGAGUGGGUGCGAAGCCACGCCUCUUUUCGUCACGCCCCAUCCGAGUGGAGUCUGCGGCGACCAGCCAGCCAAUCAGGUGGCGUCAGAGGCGGGGCCGUCGCUGUUCUCGCCAGGCCUGCAGUCUUCUGGGGGCCUUCUCGACGACACACCGAGUACAUACAAGUUGGUCGGCCCUGAGGUGUCAAUGCACACCAGAUGACGUUCAAUCCGUUCGCGAUGCCGUCGUCGCGGCCUGACGCCGCCGCUGCCACCGCCGCCUUGUCUCUUUUUCCGUUCAUGGGCAUGGCUGGAAUGCCUUCGCCGGCCUUCUUCCCACGCAUCGGCGACAACUUUCCGGCCGUUCCGGUGAUGCCUGAAGACGACGGAGUCAAGGACGACCCCAAGGUCGAGCUCGACGACAAGGAGCUCUGGCAGGAGUUCUCGCAGUGCGGCACCGAAAUGGUGAUAACUAAAAGCGGCAGGUGCGAAAUUGAAGUGCCAAUUGCGGUGAUAACGAUUAUCUUAUGCUUCAGACGCAUUUUUCCGGCCUAUCGCGUCAAGCUGAGCGGCCUGGAUAAAAAGAGCAAAUAUAUCUUGCUCAUGGACCUCGUGCCAGCCGAUGAGUGCCGCUACAAGUUCAACAACAGCCGGUUCGUUUUCCCAUUCAUUAUUUCUUUUUUUUCACUUUAUCUGACUUUUUGCACGUUUUGAUUCUUUGCAAUUUUUCACGCUACUCUCAAACAUGCUGGUUUAACUAUUUUUUUUUCGGUCUUUUAAUUGAUCUUCAAUCCUUCGGUUUGAUUGGUAUUUUGAGAUUUUUGGUUGCCCUGAAUUUCUGAAUUUCUGAAUUUUUAAUUUUUCUUUUUGAAUUGACCAAAUUGAACUUUUUAUAAAAGUUUGAAAGAUUUUUUUGUUUUUUUCGAACUUUGCUUCAAAAAUAAUUCAAUUCACUGUUCGAUUCUUCGACUCAUGUAGCUACUUGAAAUUCAAGUUUGAAAUUUUGUUUACCCUUUUUUUGAACAUUUUUCAAAGUUUUGUGUUUAAAAAAACAUUAUUUGUUAGAAGUUAUAAAAUUUUUGAUUUUUUUCAAAAAAAUUUUUUUCCCACCAUUCAUCCAGAAAUUUCUCUGUAAUCCAUACUUCUAUGCGUCUUUUUUUCAUAAUUUUUUAGUUUCGAAACAAUUUUUUUCGGCUUUGAUAUACCCUUACAAUUUUCAGUAUUUUUUUUAUUUCUGCAACAAAAAUUUGCAAAACGUUCUAAAUAUGUUUUUCUUUUUUCUUUUACGAAAAGGUGUUUAUCAUCUUUUUUGCGCUCUUUCAUUGAUCUUCGAGUUUUUAUGAGCGCUCCUGUCUCUUAUCAAAAAAUUUCAUUAGUUUAGUGUUUUGUACGGUUUUCUUCGGCUAUGAAUUUCUGUAUUUUGAGAUGGAUGGUGGCCGGAAAAGCAGAUCCCGAGAUGCCGAAACGGAUGUACAUCCAUCCCGACUCUCCAGCCACCGGCGAACACUGGAUGACCAAAGGCGCCAACUUCCACAAACUCAAACUCACCAAUAACAUCUCCGACAAGCACGGAUAUGUAAGUGAAUAUGUAAGUGGUGUCCUGACGGUUCCUCUCCUCAAAAGCCAGUUCUUUUGUUCUCCCUCUGGGUUUUUCUAUGAAUUCGCUCAAAUACUCCUUGGUUUGUGUAAAUGAAAAUUCUGAAACUCGUAAUCUUCAAAAUUCAUAACUUUUUCAACACUUCGUAGCAGUUUUCCGAAUAUUCUGGGAGAAAAAGGAGUGCUCUAAGCGUGACAGCAAAUUCCCAGAAAAAUCUACGAAUUUGAGUACAGUGACCCUCAUUUUUUGUUAUAGAGCGCUUCAGAUCGUUUUUUUAUACUUUCUUAUUGAAAAAAAUGUAAAUAUGUUUACACCGACCCUUUAGGGCUAGAAGUUGAUUCAGAAAAAAAGUUUUUUUAAAAAGGAAGACUUUCUUCUUGGUUUCUUUCAUUAAAAACUAAUUAGAAUUCUGAUGAUUGAGGGUUUUCUGAAGUGGAUUCACAGCAGCUAGUUUAGCUAUUUGAAGGCGCAGAAGUCAUAUCACAUCUGGAAUGACUCUUUCUUGCGAUAUCUUUGAAAAUUUCCAACUUUGCCUCUUCAAAGAUCCCAGGAAGCGUCUGUGAAUCCGCGCACAGGAAAACUCUGGAAAGAAAGCAAAGUAUACUGUACACGUUGGACUUCUUUUGUUGCCGGCCGGCUGCUUUCCAAUUCUUUUGACGUGGGCCCGUUGAUGAAUGGAAUGGAAUUGCAGACGAUCCUCAACUCGAUGCACAAAUACCAACCUCGACUUCACGUCGUCCGCUGCGCCGACGUCGUCCAGCUCCCUUAUUGCUCGUUCCGGACCUUCGUCUUUCAGGAGACCGAGUUCAUCGCCGUCACCGCCUACCAGAACGAGAAGGUUCGCCUCGUUCCUUGUUUUCUUUUUUUUCGUCAUUUUCUCUUUUCAUCUGAUGCUUUUCUAUAUCGUUUCAUCUGAUAAUUUUUUUUUCUGGUUUCGUCAUAUUUUUAGUUUUAUUUAUACACCUUCUGUAUACUCUUUUUUCUACUGGAUAGCUCUGAAAUAGACAACGAGGCUGUAAAAGGCAAUGAAAACAAAAACAAAACUUAAAAGUUAUGAUUUUUUACCUUCAAAUUAACAGCUCAGCUCAUUUUAACUGCGUUCAGAUUUUUUCAAAUUCCAUUUCCUUUUUUGCUAUUAUUUUGCUUUCGAAGUUUCAUCAGUGAACGUAGAACGAGGGUGAGGAUAAAUAGGCUGACUUCUUUUUUUUUCUCGAAAAAGACUACCAACAAAAGAAAGAUCGUGCUGCGUUUUCACAGUCUCGAAUUUCCAUCCUCAAGGGGUGCAAAAUAACACGAGCAGAACACCGUACCCAGAGGCUUAUUGUAAGGGUUUCGCCUCGCGGCGUCAACUUUUGCUCAUAACACCUGCGACGUGUGUAAGAGACGACCAGGAAAAGGCGGCUCCUCGGGAGAUUUGUUAACUGACGCGAGACGCGCGUCUGUUAACACUUCCAUCAGCUCUCACCGGCUCUUAUCACCGUCGACUCGAGCUUUUUUCUCCCUUCUCUCGACUCGCACAAAUCACCGAGUCCCAAAAACACGGACGAGUCGUUUAUUGUGACAGCUACCGCCGGAGAAACCGCAGAGCUCCUGUUCGAAGUCAAAACAGUUUCAACUCUGGAUUUUUUUGAGCUGGCAUUUGAGAAAUUAGCGAAGAGAAGGUGGUCGUGAAAAGUUUAUAGAAGUAAAGGGAUGAAUUGUUUCUACAGUAAUCUAAAGUUUCUGUUUGAGCUUUGCACAUACGUUUAUAGAAUAAUUGAUUAUUCUAAGAUCGCGAUUGACUAUUGAAAAAGUUAAAGUGAAAAUUUCAAAAUUAGAUCGAAUAAUAAUAUUUUUUAUGAAAUUCACAUGUUUAAAAUCAAUUGAAAGAAGUUCUUCAUGCAAAUAGAGCUUUUGAUCGAAAAAAUGUGUUUCAAAUUUUUCAUAUAAAGUUUCUUCCAUUUCUCUUACCUUCAAUUUCCUUCUUUUCCUCACUUUGGUUCGAUGUGACUUGAUCAAAGUCGAAUUGACUCACACAUGAACUGAAACGUCUUCAUCCGGUUUCAAGCUCAUUUUCCGCUUUCAAUCACUAGAGCGGACCACGAUUAUUCCCAUUUCCUGUAGGGCAGAGGCGAAAUCUCUGAGGUAAUUUGAGAAGUCUGGCGCCGCCGUCGGCAAAUUCCCAGCAUAUGGUUAUAAAUGGCGACGGUGGCGGCAGAUUUCAAAACGCAAAGUCUUCAGUUACCAACAGCAAUAAAAAGGCAAAGAAGAAGAAAACAAUUAUCGAGUUUUUCAGGUGACGCAGCUGAAGAUCGACCACAAUCCCUUUGCCAAAGGAUUUCGCGAUGCUGGUGCCGGGAAAAGAGAGAAGAAGCGGCAAAUGCAGCAAGGACGCUCCAGCGCAAGCCCUCGACCUGGCGUCAACGGAGCUCCGUUGGUGACGCCGUCGCCGCAUCCGAGCGAAAGUGCUUCUGAAGACGAUGAACCGGCGGCGAAGCGCGUGAAAGAGGAGCUGAAGCUGCGAAGCAACGGCUCGGCUCCUCAGCCGACGCCUCAGGUCGUGCUCCCCUUCAUGCCCAACGACUUCGUCUACCCUCACGACCUCCUCAGUCAGUGGCAGGCCGCCUUCUUCCCUCCGCAGGCCUUCCUCCAUUCCAUGACGUCACCUUCACCUCGAAUGCCGUCGGUCAAGGUCAAGGCGCCACCUUCAUCCGACGGCAGCGGCGACGACGAGAAGCCGGUCCGGAAAGGCGGCUUCGGCGUCUGCGAUCUCCUGUCCAAGCCUUGA